AGGUGGGAGAUGGGGGAAUGGGAUGUCCCAGGUGGGAGAUGAGGGAACGGGAUGCUCAAGGUGGGAGAUGAGGGAAUGGGAUGUCCCGGGUGGGAGCCACAGGCAGCUCCCCAGGACAGGGCGGUGGGAGCACUGGGGACGCAGUGGCUGCUGUUGCCCCUGAGUGUCCCCAUGGAGGGAUCUGCUGAGGAUGCACCCGGCCCUGCUGACCCUCACUCCGGGCCCCGCUGUCCCCUCGGCCGCUGAGGCCACAUGUGCUGCCCCCACACCCCACACUUGCCCUGGGCUGAGCUGUGGUCUGCAGUAACGUCUGCUCUGCUUUCCUCCUCACCAGGUUUAAGAGAUAAUACAUGUCCUAGUGCUGACAGAGGUGGGCCCUCUCAGGUAGAGACUAAAACCUGCUCUGAUGCUGACACGGAGAAGACAACAUCUGUCACAGUUAAGCAUGUUCCAGAACUCUCCAGUGAUGAGGUUAGCCCACAGGACAGCUCCCAGGCAGAAAGCUUUCAGGCCAGCCAGGAAAACCCGUGCUGUGGGAUCACCAGGCCUGCCCCUGUGGAGAAAAAGCCCCAAACCUCCCGAGGAAUGAUGAAGCUGCGGAGACGGACGAGGGCUCUGGAAUCAAAGGAAAGGGAAUCAGUGCAUGGUGUGCAUCUAAUCAGUGCUGGUGAAAUGAUGAAAAAUCAAAUUGCCAGUGCAGAGGAGCUUCAGUCACCAGUGUUCAGGCGCAGCAGCCUCUCGCACACUGAGGAACCUGCUCAAAGGGCACCUGGGGUGGUGCUUGUGCAGGGAGAAAGAAACAUUUUCACUCCUGAUGCAGCAUCUGGAUCCCCACGUGCCCCACAUCCCCACAUGAGGGACAGCAGCGACAUCUGGCAGCCUGAGUCCUCAAGGGCUGUGGCCACACCUGAGAGAUGUGAACCGUGUUCACAGCAUGGAGCCUCUGUUUUACCUGACCCCAGAGGUGAUGGCAGAGAAGAACCCCCCAGUAUAAUAAAACAGGCAGAGGUUCAGAGUUUGUGUGAAGAUCAGGGAGAAUUACGUGGGCUCCUGGAUUUAAUGUCAGAAAACGAAAUAUUGCCUGACAGCAGAAGUAACACCAUAACCGAGGAGAGCAAGAACCACAAAGGACAUCAAAGUGACACUAAUACCUUAAAUCCCUGUCCUGCAGCUAAUGCUCUGGACAAUGCUGAAGAAUUCUUGGAGAAUCAACAGCUUGAAAUUCAAUCAGGGCUUCCUCCUGACAAGGCAGCAGCUCCUGAGGGCACGCUGAGCUCCUGCACGGUGGUUGAAGGGCUGCUCUUCCCUGUUGAGUACUACGUCAGGACAACACGCCGCAUGUCCAAUUGCCAGAGGAAGGUGGACCUGGAGGCUGUGAUCCUCAGCCAGCUGGGCAGGAGCAAGAAAGGUCAGCGGAGUAAAUGCAAGCAGAAAGAUGCAAAGCCCAAUCAGCCCUCCCAAGAGAGAGCUGAGGAUGAUUUGGAGCCAGGGGUUGUUCCCUUCCCUUUUCUAGGGGCAGAAAACAAUCAAGCAAGCUCAAGUAGUUCUCAGAAAUCUCUUCCUGCGUCCAGCAGCAGCAGCAGCAGCACUUCUCUUGAAUCCAUUUCUCAGAAAAGCAUCACUAGCACAAGGCAAGAGCAAAGACAACCCCAGAGGAAACAGAAGGGAAGAAGAAAAUCUGCCUGCAAAGCCCCCAUGCAUCCAGUGUCACAAGAGCUUAUAGAGAGUCAGGAUCCCACAGUGGCCAGCGAGAGCAGUGCUCUGCUCUCAAUUGAGAACCAGAGUGAAAAGGAAAACUGUGAUGCUAACCUUGAGAGGUCAUCCUCAGAUGAGAGGAGGUUGUCUGGUGCUGCAGCACUGGGCUCUGCAGGAGUGACUGGAGCUGCACAGCCAGCAGGUCCUGAUCCUCCUGUGGGCAGGAGCCAAGCGCCAGGCAGAUGCCAUAAGGCUUUGUUAGAGCGGGUCCAAAAUCCCCGCCACAGCAGCGAUUCCCUGAGCCCGGGCAGUGACACUUUGGCCAGCCCUGUGGGAGAUGUGGAAGCCAAUGCUCCUGUGUGUCAGGGAGAUAAACAUCCAGGGCAGCAGCGUGUGACGAGGCAGCGAGGAGCCGGUGACCCUGUGGUCAGUGUCCCUGUGCGCCGCUCCCUGCGCUGCUCUGCGAGACACGGGGCCCAGACAGGCUCAGCAGAUGGCAGCAGCAGAGGACGCAGCUGUCCCGUGGGUUCACAGGGUCCUGCUGCCCUCGAGCUCCCUGCUCUGGACCCCAGCACUCGUGGCUCCCUCUUCUCCUUCCGCAGCCUCCAGUGGCUGAUCCCUAAGCUGGGCAUCAGGGACUUCCACCUACCAAAUGAGGAAUUUGGAGUGCUGAAACUAGAGAAAUUGAAAUCUUGCCCUGUGAAUGACUUGGAGGAUUUUGUGUCUGGGGAUGGUGUGGCUCCGGAGGACACACCAGAUGCACAAACAAAGCCAAAAGAAAAAAGUCUCAGGAGUAAUUUGAUUUUGCCUUCCAAACUUGGAUUGCCUGAACUUCCUUGCAUGGAAAGCCUGACUUCCAAGAAGGAGCUUUCCACCCAUGAAUUGCUAUUUACUCCCAUGGGGACUGUCUUAGCUGAGGCUCCUGCUCACCCUGAGUCUCAGAUUUCCUCCUCUGUUUUUCCUGCUGUGGGUGCAACCCCAGGUGUUUUACCUUCAGUGCACAGUGAGGUCUUCCCUGACACAUCUGUACCUGCCUUGCCAGCAACCCCAUCUUCCCCCAGAGGGGCAGCUGCCCUGGUCCUGGGGGAUGUGGCACACAGAGACCCUGCUGUGCCACUGCACCCCGACAGCUGUGCUUCAGGGGCUGCCACAAGCCAGGAGGAGCACGGUACAACAGCUCCUUCAGCAGCUGAAAGGGGUCCUGAGAAUACAUCUGAUGAGACUGUGUCCUUGGAGAAGCAUCAGCAGUCAGAGAACAAAGAGCAGGAAUCCUGCAGAGCUUCACCUGAACAGAAAAAAGAUGUAGCAGAACAGUUGACUCCAGUGCUGCUGGAUGGCCCCAGAGAAGAGAGCUUGCAGUUUGUGUCAGAGCUGAAGGAUUCCUCAUGCUCGUGUGCCGUGGAUGUGAGCACGGUGUGGUGGGCAGCAGCUGGCCGCAGGGAGCUGCGAGUGGUCACUGCCUCCGAGAGCGCCGUGGCCCUCUGGGAGCCCCUGGCACCCGACUGCUGGGGAAAGGUCUACACCUGGCACCUCACAGAGAUUCCUGUAAUCCAGAUUGUUCCUCUGCCAGACACCUGUAACCUUGUAUGUGUAGCACUGGGAGAGCUGGAGAUUGGAGAAAUAAGGCUCUUACUUUAUUCUUCUGAGACUGACUCAUUCAGGCACUCCCUAGUGAAAACUGGGAACAUAAAAGCAGUUGUUGGGCUAAAGGACCGGAGGCUGGUGAGCAGCAGCAGGACCAUGCAGGAGCAGCAACUGGAGAUGAUUUUUCUCUCAGAGACAGGGGGGUGCAAGGACAGGCAGACUCUGAUGCCCCCUGAAGAAACUGUUACAGCCUUUGCUGAAGUGGAAGGGAUGAGAGAGGCCUUGGUGGGCACCACUGCAGGGAACAGCGUUGUGGUUUGGAAUCUGAAAACAGGUCAGCUCCUGAGGAAGAUGCACGUUGGUUAUUCCUACCCAGCUUCCAUCUGCCAUCGAGCGUAUUCUGACUCUGGCCUUCUGUUUGUUGUUUUAAGCCACCCUCAUGCCAAAGAGAGCGAGUCCUGUGGAAGCCCAGCGUUCCGUUUGGUGGCCUUCAACCCCCGCACGGGCCGGAGCGCGGGGCUGAUGUUCUCGUGCCUCCCCCCGGGCCGUGCAGGCAGGUACCUGGAGGGUGACGUGUGGGACACCGCGGGAGCCGCCGUGCUGACGUCGGGCGCCGUGGCCGUGUGGGACCUGCUGCGGGGCCGCUGCACGGCGGUGCUGCCCGCGGGCCCUGCGGGGCGCUGGGCACUGGCUCGCUGGGCCGCCGGCGGGGCCGGGCUGCUGGCCGGGAGCCGCACCGGGACCGUGCGCCUGUACCGGUACCGGCCCCCCGAGCCCGGAGCCGCCUGACGGAGCCUGACCGUGGCUGUGUGCGCUGCCAUUAAACGUGCUGCCUUUGGAACC